GCGCGUUCCCGUGGCAAAUGUCCGUGCGCGCAGCACUAUCUUUUCAUGAAUCUGAGUAACAGCGCGCCAAAUGGGAAGGGAGGAAAGUUUGUAAACAGCUAACGUUGAUACCGCCGGUUUCGUUAAAAAGUUAUGGCUGGGUGAUGAGCACAUUCUACCUAAAGCAUGUGUAUGUAACGCCAGUGGUGGAUUUGGCGAGGGCCGACUGCUUGAAAUUGAGCUAUGGAGCUGGGAAACAUCAGUGUGUGGCCGAGGCUGGAGCCUUUCCUCCUAGGGGCCCUCCAGGUGGCCCCCUCCAACAAGCUGAGCAUGCACUACCUGCGCAAGAUGGCCGCCUACGUGCACACGCGCGACGGCUGCUAUCCCAGGCUGGGCUGGUUGAUGUGGCGGCACAUCGCCUGCGGCAAGCUGCAGCUGAUGGAGGACCUGGCCUGGCUCUACUUCGAGACCUUUGACCUGCUGGCGCCGCACACGCCAGAGGAGAGGCUGGAGUGGGCGGAAGCUCUGUCCCAGUGCUCCUCCCCCAAGGAACUGGACAAGCAGAGGAGUAAGUUGUCUGUGGACACCCUGCAGUUCCUGCUCUUCCUCUACAUGCAGCAGCUGAACCGCGUCUCCCUGCGGACGUCUCUGAUCGGCGAAGAGUGGCCAAGCCCCCGCUCACGCUCCCCCUCCUCUUCUGACCGCGAGGCCAAGUUCAACUCACAGAAUAAGAACUGGGAUGACCAGGCACACCUGACCUUCGUGCAGUCGCACCUGUCGGAGCUGCUGGAGCUCCUGCUGGAGCCGGGGCAGCUGAGCGGCUCGGGGCAGGUGCUGCGGGACAGCCAGGUGCCCCAGGAGGCGCUGCACGGCCUCAGCCUGCUGCUGGAGGGCUCCAUGAGCCGCGGGCGCUCCGUGCACCCGCUCCACCGGCUGCUCUCGCGGCCGCCGCUGCAGGCCCAGGCCGGCUACUCCAAGCUCAGCCGCUCGUUCGGCCUGCAGCAGCUGCAGCAGUGGCUGCGCCAGUCGCUCACGCUCAACCCGUUUGGCAUCUCCGCCUGCCUGCGCUCGGGCAAGAAGCUGGCGUGGGCGCAGCAAGUGGAGGGAGCCAUCAAGAGGGCAAAGAUCGCACGCAACACACACAUGGCACCGCCAGGCAGCAGGGUGGUCCUGAUGUCUCAGAUCUACAAGCAGACGCUGGCCAAGGACUCUGAGAAGUUGGCGGGGUCCAACAUCAAGCUGCACCGCUGCAGCGAGGCCUUCAUCUACCUGCUGUCCCCUCUCAGGUCUGUGUGUCUGGACAAGUGUCGGAACAGCACGGUGGUGCUGGGCCCGGUGGAGUGCAGCGUCCACAUGCAGGGCUGCGAGAACGUCCGGCUGGUGUGCGCCACGGGCCGCCUGGCCGUGGGCUCGUCCUCGCACUGCAGCAUCCACCUGCUCACCCCCACGCGGCCCUUGCUCCUGCCCGGCAACGUGGCCCUCACCCUGGGGCCCUUCCACACCCACUACCCCUCCCUGGAGGAUCACAUGGCCAGCGCGGGCCUGGCUGUGGUGCCCAACGUCUGGGACCAGCCUCUGCUGUUGGGCGCCGAGGGCAGCUUGCUGGACGAGGGCUGCUACCGCAUCCUGCCGCCGGUGGAGUUCUGCCCUCUGGUGGUGCCCUUCCAGAUGGAGGGGGACACCUGCGAGGUGCCGGGGGGGCUGCCGCCCGCCUACCAGAAGGCUUUGGAGGGAAGGGAGCAGCGGGUACAAGACUGGCAGAGAACCGUUAAGGAGGCCCAUCUCAACAAGGAGCAGCGGCGUCAGUUCCAGGCCCUGGUGGAGCAGAAGUUCCACGAGUGGCUCCUGGCCACCGGACAGCGUCAGGAGUUGGACAGCCUCAUUCCCCCGGCCACAGCCGCCACCGCCACUGCCGCUGCCGCCGCUGCCCCAGACAGCCCCGCUGGCGGCCGCACUAAUGGAGACCACGGCGGCCAGAGCCUGCGGCCAAACGGGAACAAGCAGAAUGGAUCACUGAGGCAGGGCGCUGGUGACAAGCCCACAACCGUGAGCUGAGAGACUAGCCUGCUACAGCUAGCUCAGAGCCAGCCAGAGACCGAGCGAGCGAGAGAGAGAGAGAGAGAGAAAGAGAAAGAAAACUCCUUACAAAACAAGCACUCUCUCUCCAGCCUAGCCUGGAAUAUUAAACCCUGCAAGCUGUAAUGUAUUCCUCCUGACCCAAGAGGACAGCUUUCAAACUCCGUUACGUCCGAUUCAAACACACAUGUUCCGUUAAUUCCAUGCACCUCCAUGUGGCUUUUUUGAGUUUUCUCCACGAUAUCUGACUGCACAGCAGACGCACACACGAGUAGAUACUCCAGUUUACUCACUUUAGAGCCAGGGUUCUACUUUAGAACCAGGGUUGCAGCUCACCUCUUGGCACAGACCAGUUGAAGUGCGAAAGUAUUCCUCCAUUCUGGUAUGUUGAAAGUGAUUAGAAAAGCAUCAGAGGCCUGUGAGAAUCGGUACACAAGGAGCACAAGUAGAGAACACAGACAGCAUCCAGUAGAUUUUGUGUGCACUUAUGUGGUUCAGGUAAAUAAGAGGCCAUCAAUUUGAGCCUCAAGGGAGAGUUAAUAAUAAUGAUAAUAAUAUGCUGUCUGUCCUUAGGAGCACUUCUGCACAGCACACGCUUGUUUGUUUGUUAUUUUUCUUUUUGCCUUUAUUUUUUUUGUGUGUGUGGGGGGAGGGUUAUUUUAUGAGCACAGCAUGUGUUGUCUUAAGCAAAAUGGCCAGCUCGCAUAGCGAACCACCUUCUGGGUGCACAGUACUGUUUAUCUUGGGUAAGAGAAGGGAACACUCAGAAGCUGUUAUUUGAGUUUGGGUGGGGGGGUGGGGGGCACGGGGGAUGGACUUGAGGCUAGUAGGUUCAAAAGAUUCAUCCUGUCUUUUUAGUUUUCAUCAGUUUGCUCACUUAACGUUCAGGAUGUAGCGCACUUGAAGUUUUCUUUUUUCUAAAGUCUCCAGGCCAGUGUGUAUGUGAUCUGAAUGUACGUGUCCGUAAUGCUGUAGACCCUUAAAGCCCUGUGAUGUUUGCCUUACAUUUGCAGUUGCACUAUUACCUCCGCAGUGACUCUUGUUCUUCAAUCGCCAUGGUUGUUGCAACAUGUUGUAUAUUUAGUUCGAUAAAUUUAUUUUUUUGUACAUAACAUGCCAGAAUAAAAGUCAUUUUUAAUUUGA